AUGGGUCCACCGACCGCGAAGCAAGUUGACCUAUUCUCCGGCGUGAGAGUAUUCUACCGCGAGCAGGGCAACACAGUUAAUGCACCCACAAUACUUCUUCUCCAUGGAUUUCCAUCUUCAUCUCAUCAGUUUCGAAAUCUGAUGCCCCUUCUCGCAACCCAGUACCGCGUUAUCGCCCCAGACCUACCAGGCUUUGGUUUCACCGAAGCCCCGACUAUGGCGCACCCGUGGGUCUCAGACUCGCGCUUCAACGACCAGACGCCAUCCAAGCCAUCAUCACGCAGAAUGGGAAUGCAUAUCUGGAAGGCUUCGGAACUGUAUGGGAGCCUAUCAAAGACUUUUGGUCGGGUUCCACUGGAAGCAUACUUCUUUGACCAUGCCCUGCUGCAACGGCCUAGGAUCAAAGAGGUUCAAAUUGAUCUUAUUUGGGACUACCAGAAUAAUCUGCCUUUCUACGGCAAGUUUCAGCAAUACUUUCAAAAAUCACAAGUUCCAUUGUUUGCAAUAUGGGGCAAGAAUGAUGUCUAUUUCAUUCCACCCGGUGCGAAGGCAUUCAAGAGAGAUCUCCCCAAUGCUGAAAUCAAAUUGAUUGACGCGGGUCAUUUUGCGGUUGAAAGUCACACGGAAUUGAUUGCUCAAGAUAUUCUCACAUUCUUGGGCGAGAAGAAUCUUUGGGAACUUGACGUAGGGAUGGGAGUCAUGUAA